AUGAAGGAUCCACAUGCUAAUCUCAGUUGCCGAAGUUCAUGGCUGACUGGUGCGGUACACAAGUCCAACGGACAAGAGACUGUUUUGAUGCGGACAGGCGACGUUUUUCCUGGUCCAGGCUCGUAUGCUGCGCCGCUGUCUUCGUUCACUACCUUUUCACACAAUGCUAAGACCAAGAUGCGGGUAAUCCACCCCUCGGCACUGGUCACUCGACAAUCCUCAAGGCAGACUGGAUCGAUAUCUACGCGCACGUUACGUCAGGCAUCAACGUUUUGCAGCAAAAGUAUUGCCACGACAAGAUCUGCUGAGCCUACUUGGACUGACAACCAGUUGUGA